UACACGCUCGCCGCCGCAUAUAUCUAUACUUGCACGGCGUGUGGAUGACGGAUCAAACCAAACACACCCGUGCACGCGGAGAUCAGGAGCAUCUGCAAUGGCGGACAUGGGAAGGCACGGCAUGGCCAUGGCCAUGGCGCCUGCGGCGGCUGGCGGCGCGGGCAGGAGGAAGCGGUACAUGCACAUGACGUUUUACUGGGGCAAGAACUCGGAGAUCCUCUUCACCGGGUGGCCGGGCGCCAGCGGCGGCAUGUACGCGCUGGCGCUCGCCGCCGUCUUCGCUCUGGCCGUGCUCCUCGAGUUCCUCGGCUCCCCCCGCGUGCAGGAGUCCUCCUCCCUCGGCAGCAGGCGGCGGCGCGCGACGGCGGCGGCGGUGCACGCGGUGCGCGUCGGGCUGGCGUACCUGCUCAUGCUCGCGCUCAUGUCGUUCAACGUCGGCGUGCUCCUCGCGGCCGUCGCCGGGCACGCGGCGGGGUUCUUGGCGUUCAGGGCGGGCCUGUGCGGCGGCGGGUACAAGAAGGGAGAGCUCGCGCCUGCGGCGUGCUGCUAGAUGUGGUUGCCAUGGCGCAAGACAAAAGCGAAUAUAUUUGUUUUCGAAAAUUUAGAUAAGGAUUUUGAGUGCGGAUCUGCUCUUGAAUCUACGCUAAAAUCUAUAUUUGUUAUCCUCACAAUGGAAAAGAAAAUUCAAUGUUAGGGUAGGGAUGUACUCGAUCACGUCGAUCGUGAACUGAUAGCCCCCGUUGUUGGAUUCGGUGUUUGCAUGUGUACCUUCGAUCCUAUUUGAAGAAUCCAUAACCCUAACUGUUAAACCCCCAAGCAGUGCUUCUUUCAUAUUUCCCAUUAUCUGCAGAAUUAAACCACAGUGGUAGCCCAAGAGGCCGAGAGGCCCGAGAAGGCAAAUAAGUG